AUGGGCUGGUUCAGUGACGACUCAAACCAAGCUCAAGCGUACGAGACAGUGACUCAACGUCCUCAUGAGGCAGAGUGGUCACACGAACUGAUAGGUGGAGCUGCAGCCUACGAGGCUGCCAAGGCCUAUGAGAACCAUGUUGCUCGGAAUGGAGAGCCUGAUAGCCACGCUCAAGCAAAGGAGAUCUUGGCAGGUUUUGUUGGUGCCUUUGUUGAUCGAGAGAUUGAGACGAAGGGAUUGGAUUACGUCGACGCAGAGAAGGCCAAGCGUCAUGGAAGGCAACAUGCAGAAGAGCAGUUGAGCUACAACAACAACCAGGGCUGGAACUAG